AUUUAAACUCAUCGUAAUAACUCAUCGACUAUCUAUGCUCUGGCACUUCAAAUUUUAAACCUUUUUACAUACUCCUGAACUCAUCAAUUACAUGUAUGAACUUCCAAGAAUCAAGUGCAUCCCACUUUUAUACCUGAAACUCAUAAACCAACACCAACCCAAUCAAAUCCUUGCUCAGUUAAUCACCAACAAUCUCAAAUCUCCCACCUUUUUAUCCAAGCUAAUUGAGCAAUAUUGUUCUUUAUCAAACCCCCACAAACCCCGAUUAAUAUUCACUCAUUUUCACCAUCCAAAUUUAUUCCUUUUAAACACAUUAAUAAGGUGCACCAAACCUCAAGACUCUAUUCAAAUUUUUUCAACUUGGGCUUCAAAAGAUCUCUUAGUUUUUGAUGAUUUUACUUAUCUAUAUGUUCUUGGUGCUUGUGCUAGAUUGCCCUCAUUAUCAUGUUUAUGCCUAGGUAGGCAAAUACAAACCCAAGUUUUGAAAUUUGGGUUCAUGUCAAAUAGUUUAGUGUCCACUACAUUGAUUCAUUUCUAUGCAAAUAAUAGGGAUGUUAGUUCAGGUAGGAAAGUGUUCGACGAAAUGUCUAAUAGAAGUGUUGUCACUUGGAAUGCAAUGAUUACAGGGUAUAGUUCACAGAGGGAAAAGGGUAAAGAUUGCGCCUUUAAUGCUAUAUUAUUGUUUAGAGAAAUGGUGCGUGAUGUUUGUGGAGAAAACCCGAAUGACACGACUAUGGUUUCGGUUCUUUCGGCUUGUUCUCAAGUUGGAAUGCUUGAGCUUGGGGAUUGUAUUCAUGGGUAUAUAGAGAAGAUAAUAUGUAAGCCUGAAGAUGAUGUAUUCAUCGGGACGGGUUUAGUUGAUAUGUACUCAAAAUGUGGGAAUCUUGAUGGUGCUUUAAAUUUGUUUAGCAAAAUGAAGAUAAAAAAUGUGUUGACUUGGACAGCAAUGGCAACUGGCCUAGCCAUUCAUGGGAAAGGGAAAGAAACUUUGGAGCUUUUAUAUGUUAUGCUCAAAUCUGAUGUUAAACCUAAUGUUGUUACUUACACAAGCUUGUUAUCAGCUUGUUGUCAUUCAGGCCUUGUAGAUGAGGGACUUCAAUUGUUUCACAGUAUGAAGGAAAAUGGUAUUGAGCCUCGAGUGCCGCAUUAUGGCUGCGUUGUCGAUCUACUCGGCAGAGCAGGGCACUUAAAAGAAGCAUACGAGUUUAUAAUAGGGAUGCCAGUGAAGCCGGAUGACAUCCUGUGGAGGUGUUUGUUGAGUGCGUGUAAAGUUCAUGGUGAUGCUGUAUUGGGUGAGAAAGUUGCGAAGAUACUUCUUCACUCGCAGCAGCAAAAGAAUUCUGCCAAUUUGGACGAUGCUAGUGAGGACUAUGUGGCGCUGUCUAAUGUUUAUGCUUCUGCUGCAAGGUGGGAUGAUGUCGAGAUGUUACGAAAGGAAAUGAAGACGAAGCGAAUCGAAACAAAACCUGGCUCUAGUUUUGUUUAAGCCAUCGGCAGUCUAGAUUAGGAAUCACGUCGUUUCGGAAAAGAAGCUAUACAACCAUCAGUUUCUCAGAAAUUAAGAAAGUAAAAAGGUCCUAUAAGGCUAUGAUGCAUAGCCUGGGAAAAUUGUCAAUCAUAUUGAUGAAGUGUUAUUGUUCUUCUAUACAGCAAUCUGUUGUCACACAGUUAAUUGAAGGUUAAUAAUAAUAAUAGUUUAAUCCAACA